GAAAUCGUUAGUUGGUACGGAAGCCUAAUCGGCUUUCCAGGAUUAGGGAAUCGUCCAAUUCAGAACGGAACCGAAUCGAAAUCGGCACUGAUCGCUUCCGUCCCCGAUUCCGAGUUUAAAACCCUGAACCCUAGAGGCUAAAUUUUAUAGGGUUUCAGACUCCGAAUCUAUCACUGGAAACGGUAGUCGAAGAGAGGAGCAUCUGCAGCAUCAUCGCCAUCUUCGUAAUAUUCAAAUCUCAUAUAAUCAACACAGAAGAGAGAAACCCAAAAUUAAAUUUUCUUCUCUGACCCCAUGGGAACUCCAGAGACCUCGCGUGAGCCUUGCCCGGAUCGAAUCCUGGACGACAUCGGCGGUGCCUUUGGCAUGGGAGCCGUUGGUGGCUCAGCUUUUCAUUUCAUAAAAGGUGUCUAUAACUCCCCCAAGGGCGAGCGAUUGAUUGGUGGCUCCCAGGCGGUGCGCAUGAAUGCUCCUCGUGUCGGUGGCAGCUUCGCUGUCUGGGGUGGUCUCUUCUCUGCCUUCGACUGCACCAUGGUCUACAUGCGCCAGAAGGAGGAUCCUUGGAACUCCAUCAUCGCUGGAGCCGCCACCGGUGGUUUCCUCCAGAUGCGUCAAGGGCUUGGUGCGGCGUCGAGGUCGGCUGUGUUUGGUGGGGUAUUGCUUGCUUUGAUUGAAGGAGCUGGGAUCAUGCUCAACAGGGUUCUUAGUGCCCCUCAGAAUUUACCACCCAUGGAGGAACCCAUGCCCAAUAUGGCCGGUGUUCCUGGAUUUCCAAUGGGUCAUUUGCCCAAUACGGUUCCAGCGUCUCCUGAGACUCCGACCGAGAGUUCAUCUUCUUCUUCUUGGUUUGGAGGGUUAUUUGGUGGCGGCAAGAAGCAGGAGUCAGAGACUGCCGGUGGUGGGGGCAAGACAGAGGUUUUGGAGAGCUUUGAUACGCCGAGCACGCCGAUCCCUUCGUUUGAGUACAAGUGAGAUGAAUGUACGGGAUUAAUGUAGUGUUGGUUUGCUUUUAUAUGUGAAUUGGGUUUGCUCUGAUAAAGAGUCCAUGGAUUGUGAUUUUGCAGGAGGAACAAAUCAUUGAUGAGGCUGAGGAAAUCUGGUUAUGGACUUGUUUAAAUGGUGGAAUUACAGAAGAUAAAGGGUAACAAUAAGCAUGGAAAGUUCAUUUGAAGGAAAUGUGUUCCUAUGGUUAAUUAGAUGGAAUGAUGCAACUUCUCAAGUCAACAGUCUUACCUCUUCCUUUUUGCUGUUUCUGUUACAUAGGUACUUUCGAUCGACUAUUGUACGUGCUUUGACUACAGUAUGUUAGUGUACAUGGGGAUAUUUUUUGCACAAUUGCUCAUGAUGUUUAUUGUGAAGCUGUGUUAGCUAUUGAUUCUGCAUACUCAUACAAAGGCAACCUAUUGUGUUGCAUUGAUCUA